GUGGGAACUUGAGGGCUGCAUCCUCAGCCCACCUCCUAGGACAUUUCCUAGCUGAGCAGGGGACUUUCAGGAUUGGUGACUUAGAAGCUCCUAUAGCCACUUCUCUUUCUGUUUUCUAAGCAAUCAUAAUAGUAACUUUUCUGAGCAUUGGGGGCUGUGCCCCCAGAAGGGGUGGAGUUGGCAGAUGGAAUCCAAAGCCUGAGCCUGGUUGCUUCACCUUCUAUUCCGGACACGUAUAAUGUGGGAUUCUUGGUUGUAAGCUCAUGGAAGCCAUUUCAAGAGGAUUUAAGAACGGAAUUUGAGAAGAUGCCGGGGAAGCAUACAGAGGGCCUGGGAAGGUUGCAGAGCAAGGCUUGGAGAACAGGUUGGAUCAAGGGAGUCUGGCAGCAGCUAGGACCACAGCCAAAAUCCUGCCCCAGGACCAGCCCAGCAGGGACUUGGCAGCCCACGCUGAACCCUGUUCUUACCUCCUCUGACCUGGCAGCCCCAUGUACUGCCUUGUUCACAGAGUGGAGGCCCCACUACCUGCCCCUCGGGGCCGCUGUCUUCAGCUUCACAGCAUGGAGCAUCUGAGCCACCUGGUCUGCGUGUGCCUGUAUUGUGUGCUGGGCAGGGGAGGUUAGAAUUAAACAUCUGGCCAUUUUGGCUUUGCAGUGGGAGGUGCUUUCUGCUUCCCUCAGUGCAGGUUGUGGGCCGUGCUCUGAUGCUGGACAUCCAAAACACCUGGCAAAUGUCUACACGAGAAACAAAAAUGAGCAGAGAAUGAUCCCUGUCCUUGAAAUAUUCACAGACACGUAGGGACAAGUUACACGGCAAACGGUCGUGACAGGAAGGGAUGGAGGCCAUGGUGGAGGAAACUUGGACCCACUGGGUGAGGACUGUGUCUUCCUGGGCCAGACCCAGUCACAGGAACUCAGCCUACGACCAUAUCUGCCUUUUCUGUCACCGUCUCUGCCUGCUCCUGACCCUGACGGUCACCAUCACUGUCUUCCCUGUCAUCACCUCCGCCUGUUGCUGUCUCAGGUUGGCCUGUCUGCAUCCUCAGAACUCCGACUCCAGCCUUUGAACCCUGCUAUGUCCCUCUCCAGCUCAGCCAUCUGGGUUCUCUGAGAGCAGAUAACACCUUACCACCAUGAGGCGUUUACAGUCACGCACCCGUACUCUGAGGCAAGAGGACUGCUGCAGAGCCAGGUGCCGAGACACACAGGUCACCUUUGGGCUCACAGCACUUGAGGCCUGAGCAGGUACCAGUGGCAUGAAGGGAAAACCAGCUGCACAACUGGGUCGUUGCCACAAGACCAAGGCACUGGGGAACUCGGGGUGCUCCGUGACCCCCAGCCAGGAUUUCCAGCUCUGCCAAGGUGACCAGUUCUCCUCAGGUUACAGGCCUCUUCCGGACACAAUGCAAGCUCAUGGAUCUUCCUGUGCCAGCUGGCCAUGCCCCUUGACAUGGGCACCAACCAGGUCCUCCCUGCUGGCCUGUCCUCAGCGCCUGGACCUAUGCUUGUACGCUGUGCAGCUGGCAACCUUGGGCACAGCCCCACCAGGUCUCAGAGAGGACACUACAACCAUGAAGCACCGGGCCCCAGGACUGCACACCAGCUCCACUGAUGGUGAAAAGCUCACAGUCAAGUACCCACUAAGCAAGGACAAGAUGGAAGGCCAGCCUGAAACAGCUGCCCACGGGGCCCCGUGCCAGUCCCUGACUCCUGGAAACAGCUCCAGUCCAACCUCCCAGCUGAACACAAAGAUCCCCAGCCCCUCAGCGUUCCACCCUGGCCCUCGUUCUGUCCCCAUCUCCACCGAGCUCCCAGUCCACUUCCUCCCCUUCUUCCCUAGGUGCCCACUUCUCCCGCCUCCGUCUCAGCUGUUCACCUACGGGGCCCUACCUUCUGUCCAAUGUCCCCACCUCUUCAUACUGCCCCAAGACACUGCCUACCCCACCGUGGCUGUACCCAGCUUGCUGAUGACAGCCCAUGAACCUGGGCGCUGCAGUGACCCGGAGCAGACCCUGCUUCCCAACCCUGGGCCCUUCCAAGCCUCUGGCCCCACCCUGCCCUCCCAGACCCAGGAUCCAGGCCCCGGAGAUGACCCAAAUCCAUCCCUGGGAAUGGAGCAGGCUGACAUGACAGCACUAGGGAAGCGGACCUCAGUGGGAUCCCGGGCCCGGACCUCGGCCCUCCCCUACCCGCUGAAGAAAGAGAACGGCAAAAUCCUGUAUGAGUGCAACGUGUGCAGCAAGAGCUUCGGACAGCUCUCCAACCUCAAGGUCCACCUGCGUGUGCACAGUGGGGAGCGUCCAUUUCAGUGUGCCCUGUGUCAGAAGAGCUUCACCCAGUUCGCCCACCUGCAGAAGCACCACUUGGUGCACACUGGGGAGCGACCCCACAAGUGCCAGAUGUGCCACAAGUGCUUCAGCAGCUCCAGCAACCUCAAGACCCACCUGCGUCUGCACUCUGGGGACCGGCCCCUCCAGUACCGCGUCUGCCCGAGCCGCUUCGCACAGAAUGUCCAUCAGAAGCUGCACCAUCAACUGUACACGCCUCAGCCCUGCAGCCUGGCUCGCUCCCACUUGUCCCUGGCCUCUCUCACCUGCCUUGCUCAGUGGCACCAGCAAGCACUGGAUCUUGUUGGCCAGCCCUCAGAGAAGCAGAUGGGUUGGGAUGUGGACAGGGUCAAAGGUGUCCUUGGUAUCCAAGGGAAAGCAAGUGCAGCCAGCCUGAGCCAACACUGCUCAGGGGAGGAGGCAUGGGGGCAUGGGCAGAACAAUGAAAGGAUUUUCAAAAUGAUGAGUUGAGGCUUCCAGUGCUUCCACAGUGAGGGGGUCACUGGGUACUUGCUGAAUUUCACACUUUACCCAAGAGCAGGUCAGAGGACACAGCCAGGAGAGCCUGUGCAUGGGUGGGUACCUGCAGCCAUCUACCUAAGGCUGGGCUUGGGGUCUGCUCCUUAUUGGUGACCAGUCCAAAACCAAGCCCUCCAUUUCAGAUCGACAGUUCAGCCCUUCAGGACUCUGCCAGGUGCAGGUUGUGCUGCCCAGGACAGGGUGUUUUGCCCUCUUUCCUGAACAGCUUUCCCAAGACCUGUCCAUAUGUCCAUCUGCUGCUUCCUGUCACCUCUCAUCUCAGUCCCUCCUCAGUCACCAGUGCCCUCAGCUGAUCCAUCCUGCCAUAGUGUGCUCCUCCUCGUGAAGGUAGCAUGAAAGAGGACAUAAGAUGUCACCUCCCACUCAUGACCCGUAGGCACGAUGCCCCCUGCAUGCCAGGAUUGGUUACCACCCAGGGCAAAGGCUAAGAAGGUGCUGAGUUCAGGGGCUGGGACUCUCCCGAGGCCUAUCUCCCUUUGGACCCAGGAGAUCUUAAAAGUUCAAGGUGUCCCCCCGCCUCCCCGCCCCCCGCAACAGUUGGAAGCGUCAGGUGGGAAACAUCACUGCCGGGAGCCAGGAGGCCAAGGUUAUAACCACAAUAAAUGAAGACUAUUAUU